UCAUGCUGCUGCCAGGUCCAGAGUCUCUCAUGGGUCCCUGUACGGCCUCCCAUUGCUGCUGUCUCCAUCGCCACACUCUGCCAUGUGCCACUUUCAGGUCUCCUCACACUGCUGGUGUGUUCCAUUUUUUGUCAUAGGGUGCUGGCAGAUUACGGGCCUCCCAUAGCUGCUGCCAGGCCCCUAAUCUGCCAUGGGCCCCUGUACCGCCUCCUCAUGCUGCUGCCAGGUCCAGAGUCUCUCAUGGGUCCCUGUACGGCCUCCCAUUGCUGCUGUCUCCAUCGCCACACUCUGCCAUGUGCCACUUUCAGGUCUCCUCACACUGCUGGUGUGUUCCAUUUUUUG